GGCAGCCAUUUUGUUAGUCCAUUUAGAGAUUUCGCUCGUGGUAGUCACCGUCAUUCUCGUGCGCGAUCUAGAAAACCGUGAGGAAGACCUACUGAACUUCAGCACCGAACGAGUUACUCUAGAACUGCAACAAUGUCGGAACGCGAAAAUAACAUCUACAAGGCGAAGCUGGCCGAGCAGGCUGAGCGAUACGAUGAAAUGGUCGAAGCCAUGAAGAAGGUCGCCUCCAUGGAUGUGGAGCUGACGGUGGAGGAAAGAAAUCUCCUGUCGGUGGCUUACAAAAACGUCAUCGGUGCACGUCGUGCUUCUUGGCGGAUAAUCUCUUCGAUAGAGCAGAAGGAAGAGAACAAGGGAGUGGAGGAGAAGCUGGAAAUGAUCAAGAACUACCGCUCACAGGUUGAGAAGGAACUGCGCGACAUCUGCUCAGACAUUCUCGAGGUGCUUGAUAAGCAUCUGAUCCCGUGUGCAACGACCGGUGAAAGCAAGGUGUUUUACUACAAGAUGAAGGGCGAUUAUCACCGUUAUCUAGCUGAGUUUGCCACCGGUGGUGAUCGUAAGGAUGCCGCCGAGAAUUCGCUCGUCGCGUACAAGGCUGCCAGUGAUAUCGCGAUGACUGACCUUCCACCAACGCACCCAAUUCGAUUGGGAUUGGCUUUGAACUUCUCAGUAUUUUACUAUGAAAUCCUGAACUCUCCGGAUCGUGCCUGCCGUCUAGCGAAAGCCGCAUUCGACGAUGCUAUUGCCGAACUGGAUACUCUGAGCGAAGAAAGCUACAAAGACUCAACGCUAAUUAUGCAGUUGCUUCGGGACAACCUCACCUUAUGGACAUCCGACAUGCAGGCAGAUGGAGAAGGUGAACAGAAGGAACAAAUCCAGGAUGUUGAAGACCAAGACGUGUCGUAAUUUGCGCGCGUCUCGUUUUAUGUCAAAUCAAACAAAUCCACAACUAUUCCACCGUCAUCAACUACAACAAACGCUAUUAUCACCAUUACACCACCACGAUCGCCGCUGCCGCCGCAACCAGAAUGCUUCCACGAAUGCUACCCGUCCCGCCCUGUUGUCGUUGCUGUCGUCGCUUUUCUUUCUACCCGUUCGACCCGACUGCCAGCACAGCCAGCCAGCCAGCCAGCCAGCCAGCCGGCCAACCAGCAUGCAGAUUGGGCAAAAGCCCUUUUCUCUUGUUGGCACUUGUGGUGUGGUGCGCAUCGUAUGCGGAAAUAAACGUGCAUCGAUGAAAAAUCCAUCACUCUCUUUACCUCGCGUUGGUGCCACAGUGUAACUAAGACCAUUGCGUUUCUCAAUAAUGGCGCUCUUCCAACAAUGAUUGAUUGGCUGCUGCUGCUGCUAUGAGCAACAUCAUUGUAUGCAAACACAACCGCAUGGCAUGUAUAUGUGAAUCAUAUGAUGAGUCAUACUCCUUUUUGUUACUUUGUGUCGCUUUGUAACUUGUCCGUGCGUCGAUGGUCGGAUCCAACUGUGUGUAUGUGAUUCAAAUGAUCCACAAACGGCGGGGAUUGUACACUGAAGUACGUACGUAGCAGAGAGCAAUCGAGAAGAGGACGCGUAAACGUACCAGAAAUUCAUACUAUUGUUUGCCGACAAACUGUAGGGAAAGCAGUAUAACAACCAGUAACCAGUGAAGCAAUAUUUAAAAGUAAAAACAGAUGUGUGCGUCGCACAACAACGAGGGGGGCAGGUGGAAGUUAUAAUACAACACUAUUGCGUGUGAUGGGAUCGUUGCGCAGACACGGGGCAAAAGGGAAAAGAAACCGCACUACCGUUGUUUCUUGUUUGCGGAGCAGGAUUGUGGAAUUUAACGCAUAAGUUCACUCAUAUUCCUCUCCACAUUUGAUCGACCGGCCGUUUUUAACUUUGCUUUACACAACACAACUCCUUUUGCUACUACACCAAAAGGAUGCAAACAAUCCGGUGUGCGUUAGUGUGGCAUGCAUAUGCAACAUACAGACUCUGGAAACGACAUAGACAAAAGUGAGGCGAUUGUAAGUCAAUCUAGCAGCGCAACACAACGCAUAAUAUCUAGCCAGUGACGACAUCAGGGCUUCUGGGUGAACACAGAUCCUCCCAGCUUUUCUGAACAGCCAUUUAAGUGUAAACCUGCUAACAAACAGAAGCGCGCGUACCAUUAUUAGAACAGAGUGGCGUGGCAAGCAGGGGAGGGCAAGUUUAAUGUAACAUCAGCAGUGAAAACAUGGCAAAAGAAAUAGAGAAACAGAAAAAUCAUCAAUCAAACCCAUUGAUCGUGUAUUGUUUUUGUCAAUAUAUAUUAAAAUAAAGAAAUUAAUGAAACAGAUAUGAAGUCGAAAACGCAAACACAAUUAUCACCUAGCAGCCGCAAUAGGGAUCGAAGAAGAGAAAACUAACCAGAGGAGGAACACACAAAAAGCUGACUGAAGAAAUAGAAUCAGUCAGAAAUGGUUUGGUUGCGUUGUAUGAUGCGGAACUAAAAAUGGCACAAGGAGGAGGAGAUAUGCACUAUGUGUGAGACGCCGCACUGACGAAAGGAAAUUGAUAACAAUUGACGAUGCAUUCUGCAGCGUGGAAAAUAUGGAAGGGGGAAAGACGGAGGAGGAGUGGAAUGUUCGGAAGUGAAAGCGCAGUUUUGAACGGUUUAUUUGUAUUAUUAUUAUCAAUAUGAAAUCUAGCCAGAGCAAUGUAAAACAUUAUUACGCGAUAGAAGUCAAACCACAGUAUCGUUUAGGCGAGCGCGAAAAGGCGCAAGGCGCGUGCGUUUUGUGUAUAGCGCUCGAGAAAGCUCGACCGAGGGCGGGUAUAGCUGCUGCCUUAGGGCCACCCCCUGCUUUCAGAUUGAACUUUUAUGGCACGUGUUUAGUGCAAGCACAGGCACUAUGGCACGAAAGGAACCAACCGAGCAGCGAUCAGUUGUGUAGCAGCAGUGCUUAGCUUAACUUUGGUCGUGAUCGAUUUUAUACAUCGUAUGAUUACCGAACUAUCCGUUCGGCUACACUUCCUUUUCCUGUGUGAAUGUGUGUGUGUAUGUCUGUAUACUCAUGUAAUUCAAAUUUCUCAUUCUACUGUGCUGCUGAAUGGUUGGUUAAUGCAUGCGACACAAAAAAUACCAGCAGCCUCGAACACAUGUUACUUAGGGUGGUUUUACUACUACAACAGCAGCUACUACUGCUACUAUUACUCGCCUUUCAAACAGCGUCCGCAGAUGGACAAACAGUAAACUAAAAUCAAACGAAACAUGUGGAUCGCGCUUUUGCCAAGCAUGCAUAUGGACAGCAACAAACGCGGUGUGAAUUUCCAUUAUCGUGAACAUUACUUAUCCAUCGUAAAUACACAUACAAUCGUCACAACCCAAGAGAAAAUGAACAAAAAAUCACCUCUGUCGUCCCGAGCAAUUUCCGUGCCGCACAAGAGGCAUAAUUGGGGGGAAAGAAGCGUAAAAAACAAUAAUGCAAUAAUAAUGUAUCAAGACAGCAGUAUAUAUCACGUCAGGUCUAAACGUAAACGUUUUAGAAUUGGAUGAUGGUAUAGCCGAAAGGACUCGUGCCAGCACUCGCUCGCAAAAACAUUACACACCGUUUGACUAAACCAUAAAACGCUAAGCGCGAGAGCAGCUACGAUCUCCUCCAUCAGAACAGCUCCAACACGAGGAACAUCAUACACUUCUUAGCAGGUUACAAAACUGUAGAGCAAUCGGUGUCAGUUAAAACGCGUAGGAAGGGAAAUAUCUGGAGAUACAUAGGAAAAAAACUGAAAAGAAGGGAAAACAAAAGAAAAUACAGUAAGAAGAGACACAGAUAGCUUCUUUCAUAUGGAACGCGCAGGCAGGAUACAAACACACGUUGUAACAGAACCAUAGAUAAAGCAAAAUAAAACGGUAAAAUGUAAGAUUACAGCAGCAGCAGCAAACACAAACACACAAGAUGAAACAAGAAAUGGAAAUAAACAAUUCUAGUAGUAGCUA